UCGUUCGAACAAUUGUUGGGAGCAUGAAUUGCGACUCUCGUGCUCGAUCGUUGCAUGCGUUGACAGUCGACCAAAUCACGGGAUGAAUAAUGGAGCAUCCGUGAAGAUACUACAGACUUGGAACAACGAGACUACCUACAGGACUAGAAUUGUUUUUCAGGUCCGGGCGACAUCUCGGGCUCAGCAGCAGACGAAUUUCACCGGAUUGAGAUUUGGGUGGAUUUUAUUGAGACAGAGCGAGAGAACGAUAGAGAGUGUCCUGGACAAAUGAUUGCGAGGUCGAACAUAAGCGGAACUACAAUUUUGGUCGAGUGGAGUAGGAGUCUUUUUACCUCCUCAGGAGACGCGAGAGGUCUUAAUUUUAUAUAAGGUGCAUAGCAGAUUUGGGUUGGGCGUAGUAGCUAUGGCGUUGGGUGCACUUGCCGGUGGUCCUGUCGCGGUUUGCUCCUCGGGAAACCGGUUCUCCAGAGCUCCUGUGUCGAGGGGAGUCGUCAGCGGCCGGUUGAAAUGCGGUUCACAGCUUCCGUCCCUCUCGGUGAAACAUGGAUUUCGAUUCUUAUCAACAAAAAAAUCGGAUCCGAGCUCACUUGCAGCUAGUCCAGGAUGCUGCAGGUUUCGAGUAGUUUGUUGUUCGUCGGAAUCGAAGACUAGUGAAGAAAAAAUUGAGGUUGUGUUUGAUCCUCAGGGACGGUACAAUGAACUCCUGAGUGGCUUGCAGAACUCAGGAUCCAUGCCGCGGACAAAUAUCACUCUCUUCUCACCUUCCAAGAUAAAUGUGUUUCUGAGAAUCACUGCCAAGAGACCAGAUGGUUAUCAUGACCUCGCCUCUUUGUUUCAUGUCAUCAGCUUAGGAGAUAUUAUUAAAUUCUCAGUUUCUCCUUCGACAACCAAAGAUUCCCUCACCACCAAUGCCCUUGGUGUACCUCUCGAUGAGAAAAAUUUGAUCAUUAAAGCCUUGAAUCUGUAUCGCAAAAAGACUGGCUCCACCAUGUACUUCUGGAUUCACUUGGAUAAACGGGUGCCAACGGGAGCUGGUCUUGGAGGUGGUAGUGGAAAUGCAGCAACUGCUUUAUGGGCUGCGAACCAGUUGAAUGGUGGUCUAGCCAGCGAGAAGGAACUGCAAGAGUGGUCUGGGGAAAUUGGGUCUGACGUACCCUUCUUUUUUUCCACCGGAGCUGCGUACUGCACUAGCAGGGGAGAGGUUGUGGAGAGUGUUCCUUCUAUCUCACUAUCGACGCCUAUGGUACUCAUGAAGCCACAAGAAGAGUGUGGCACAGCGGAUGUAUAUAAGCUCCUUCGACUGGAGGAUUGCAGUUCCGCGGAUCCCCAGGAGCUGUUAAACGACGUCAUGAAGAAUGGAAUCACGCAGAGUGUUUGCAUAAAUGAUCUUGAGACCCCUGCCUUCAAAGUUUUGCCCUCUUUAAAGCUGCUCAAACAACGAAUAGCUGCAGCUUCGCGUGGUCGUUAUCAGGCUGUUUUCAUGUCCGGAAGUGGAAGCACAAUAGUGGGUGUUGGCGAUUCACAACCUCCCGAGUUUCUGUACGAGGAAGAGCAAUACAGCAAUGUUUUCAUCUCUGAGGCUUACUUUUUAACGCGGAAGGAGAAUGAGUGGUACGAGCAACCAAGAACAGAUGCCUCACCAGAUGCUUAGAGUCGGGCUGGCCGCGAAGAAGAUCUGGUGGCUGCAAGAUGCCGGCGAUUCGUCCACCUUGUAGGUUGGGUGAGAACCACAGCAGAGGGAGAUGAACGGCGCCUCCGUUCGGCGAGAAUAGCCUUAGUCGAGGACGAAUGCCCUUUAGCACCAGCAAAGAUACAGGUUUCUAGAGGCAGGAGACCUCAAGUCUCAUGAGCUUGUGCAUGAGCGUACAAAAACUCACGUGGUGAGUGCAAGACAUGUCAACUCCGAUUGUUAUCGGACAUAUUCAGAUUAAGCACAAUUCACAGACAACUCUGGAAAUUCCAAGAAACUUUUCUGAUAUUUCCACCGAGCUCCAAUGUUUCAUCCGAGCUGUGCUUCAGGAAAUAGCUGUGAGGAUGUGAAGAGUCAGUAUACUGCCCCAAAGCAGGGUAUACCCUACGACAUGGGAAACCAACAGCCGGUC